AUGUCUUACGGACGAGAGCAGCCCGGUGGUGCCUAUGGUGGUGGUGGCGGUGUGCCCAACCGCGGAUACGCGCCCCGUGAUGACAGCGAGGAAGAGGGCUUCCACCAGCGCGCGGCCGAGCACGCCGCUCGCAAUGCUGGCGACUCGGGCGGUUCCGACUUUUUCUCGGGCAUCAUGGGUCAGUUCAUGGGCAAGAAGACCCAGCUUGCGAACGAAGACGUUGACGAGCAGGCGGCUGUCGCCCAUCACAAGAAGUUCUUUGGCGGCGAAGACGACGGCAGCGAGGCCGACUCUGGGUCCAUGGGCAACGCGGCCGCCAUGCAGGCGCUCAAGAUGUUCGCCGGUGGUAGCGGCGGCAGCAGCGGCGGCUCGCAGAGCGAGUUCAUCGGGCUGGCCAUGAGCGAGGCGAGCAAGCUGUUCGACUCGCAGGCCUCGUCGGGCCGCGUGAGCUCCGGCGCGUCCAAGGAGAGCGCCGUGCAGCAGGCUGGCGAGAUGGCGUUCAAGAUGUAUCUUAAGAGCCAGGGCGGGAGCAGCGGUGGCCUGAUGAGCUUGGCGAGCAAGUUUAUGUAA